UUUUAUAAGGAAAAUCGUGAAAAUCUUUUCCAUUAAAAUCAAGUGUUUUUGUAAAUUGAAAGAACCCGAAAAGAUGUACAGUAAAUUUAUUGAAAUUAUUAAUCAUUUUCUUGAUGAUAUUCAAGCAAAUGAACCAUAUGUUUUACGACGAUUAAUACCAAUGGCCAUUGAUAAUCAGGAUAAUUAUUGUAUACAACCAUUAUUGUUUAGUAAUAAAACUAGACAAACGAAUUAUCAAAUUCAAAAAAAAUUACAACAUUAUUUAAAAGAAUUGGAUAAAAACAACGAUGACGAUGAUGAUUAUUCCGAAGACGAAGAUGAUUAUUAUGAUAUUUAUGAAAAUGAUGAUGAUGAGGAAAAAGAUUCGAAAUCGAAAGAGUCAUUCAUAUAUAAGGUUAUUGUCAAAAUAUCACGCAAAUGUGAAGAAUUUUAUUGCCAUAAUAAUACUAUUAUUGGUCCUGUUAUUAAACAAUGGAAACAACAUUAUCAUCAACAACAAUCAUCCAAAUUGAUUGAUAAUGAUCAACAACAAAAACAAUUAAUCCAAGAAUUUUAUCGUCAUAUUGGUGUUUGGUUAAUUGUUAUUGAUUAUCAUCGACAAAGAUUUGAACGUAUUAGUCAUAUAUUAAGAUGGAUUUGUAGCCAUAUUCAUAUACCAUAUCGUAUAUCGACUGAAUCAUUAUUCGAUGAUGAUGAUGAAAACAACGACGAAAACGAAAACAACAUUAAUGAUAAUUAUAUUCAUAAUGAUUUUGCAUUACGUGUAUCAAUAUCGAUUGUUUAUCAUUUAAUUCAAUACCGCCUAUAUUUACUUGAUCGUUUUUUUAUUUGUUUAAAGGAAAUACAAAAAUUAUCAUCAAAAUUAAUACAGCCAUCAUCAUCGGUAUCAUCCGGUCAACAGCUAAGGAUGAUAAUAAAUACUACCACUACCAAUGCUUUGACUGCUGCUGCUACUACGAGCCGCGAGUAACGAGUAAUAAAAAAAAAUUGUAAACAAAUAUCCGGUGGUGGUUAUAAACCAAGAAAAAAAAAUUGGAACAAAAAAUAACCAUCACCAUUACAAAACAAAUAUAUUUCCUAUUCGAUUUAACAACAAUAAAAAAAAAUCAAACAAAAACACCACCCAACAAACAAAUCUCUCAUGCCGGCAUUUACAGGAUUUAAAUCAAACCAAACCAAACCAAACCAAUUCACCUGCCACACCAUUAUUAGAGAAUAUCCUCUGUUGGUUUAAAACAUUCAAUGUCCUAGUUCACACGAUGAAGAUCUGCCUACCUU